GCGCAUAAUCAGCAAUAACAACACAACAAUCAUCGAACUCUGCUUUCCUCACGAUAUUUGCCUUCGUCCACCCGAAAACGCAACAAUGGCCCACAUCCAGUACGUCGACGGGUUGAUACGUGAAUAUAUUCUGUUCCGGGGGUUUUCCAACACGCUGAAAGCGUUCGACAAUGAGCUGAAAAGCGACAAGGACAAAAGCUUUCGCGUGGACAAAGUGAUCGAACAGAUACAGCUGCUGAUACACAAUCACGAUUUGGGCGGAUUGCGUGAACUGUGGACCCAUUUGAACAAUCAUUUGUUUCGUAAUUUGGAGCACCAUUUCGCCACCGCGGUAAAUAAGCUAGAACAGUCGGUGCUAAAGUUCUACCUCAUCGUGGCAUACACCUCGAACAAAACGGAUAAAAUUACGGAAUUUUUCACGAAACUUUCACCCGAGCUCGUCAGCCAGAGCGAAUGGAAGGAGUGGUUUUUUUUCCCGUUUUGCAAAAACCCCGAGGAGCAUGCAGCGUUUGCCGUUUGCUUCACGAAACAGUGGCAGGACACGUUACUCAUCUCGCUGCACAACUUCCUGUCCACCAUCUACCAGUGCAUGCCGCAACCGAUUAUAGCGAAGGCUGAAUCCGAGGGAUGUCUCAUAAAAAAGCUGCAGGAAGAGAAUAGUCUGUUGCGCAGCAAGCUGGCCACCAUCCAGCAGCAACAGUACACACAGCUGCAGUCUGCUGGCCCCGGUUCCGGGCACCAUUCGCGGCUGAGCGGUGGGUCGGCCGGUGCCGACCAGAGGCUUACGGCUGACGGCCGAAUCCGCUACUCGACGCGACCCUCCUCCAGCAUGCUUUCGCUGAACGAUCUGCAACCGUUUGGCAUUCCACCGCCGACCCACAUCGUGGACGAUUUCUACAUCAUCGCGCAGGAAUCGAACAGCCUCGGCAGUGCGGCCGAAAGUCAGGCCCGUGGCUUGAAGUCGUUGAUCCGGAACAUCGGGUCCGGCGGCAGCCCGGUGCUCGGGCGGCGGGAAGCAGCCCUGGAGCGCAACAAAAAGCGCUCCGGGAGUGUCGGCAGCCGGGGCAAUUGGAUCCACAGCUAAGCGAGCGGCGGGGCAGCGCUUCCAAGCAAACAUUCCGUGGAGCAUACAUUCGCCGAACAGCUGUAUCACCUUCAACCACCAUUUUCUCAUGUAGCCGUAAUAAGCUUUACACACUCACACACCCCCCGGGCACGGUUUACAGUAGUCACAUUAAAUGCUUUAUUUCCCAA